AUGUCUGCUGCUCCUGUUGAAGAAAACAUUAAUAACGAGUCUCAAUUGACUCCAACCGCCUCCGGUUCCAACUCAGUUCUAUCUACUCCAUCCAACAAGGCUGACAGAGAUGAACUAAAGGAAGAGGCUGAAAACGCCGAAGAAGACGCUGCUGCCUUCGAUGAUAUGCCUCUAAAACCAGCUUCCGCUUACGUUACCGUCUCUAUCAUGUGUGUCAUGAUUGCCUUCGGUGGUUUCGUUUUCGGUUGGGAUACUGGUACUAUUUCUGGUUUCGUUAACCAAACUGAUUUCAUUCAAAGAUUAGGUCAAAAACGUCACGAUGGUACUUACUACUUGUCUAAGGUCAGAACUGGUCUAGUUGUCUCUAUUUUCAACAUUGGUUGUGCUAUUGGUGGUGUUAUCUUAUCCAAGGUAGGUGAUAUCUACGGUAGAAAAAUUGGUUUAGUCACUGUUGUUACCAUUUACGUCAUCGGUUUAAUCAUUUCCAUUGCUACUCAACAUGCUUGGUACCAAUAUUUCAUUGGUAGAAUUAUCUCCGGUUUAGGUGUCGGUGGUAUUGCCGUCUUGUCCCCAAUGUUGAUUUCUGAAGUUUCUCCAAAGCACUUGAGAGGUCCAUUGGUCUCCUGUUACCAAUUGAUGAUUACUCUAGGUAUUUUCUUAGGUUACUGUACUAACUUCGGUACCAAGAAUUACUCCAACACUGUCCAAUGGAGAGUUCCAUUAGGUCUAGGUUUCGCAUGGGCUCUAUUUAUGAUUGGUGGUAUGACUUUUGUUCCAGAAUCUCCACGUUUCUUGGUCGAAGUCGGUAGAAACGAAGAUGCUAAGAGAUCCAUUGCUGUCUCUAACAAGGUCUCUAUCGAUGAUCCAUCUGUUCAAGCUGAAUUAGAAUUAUUGAUGGCUGCUUCUGAAGCUGAAAAACUUGCUGGUAACGCUUCCUGGGGUGAAUUAUUCUCUACUAAGACUAAGAUUUUCCAACGUUUAAUCAUGGCUUGUAUGAUUCAAUCUCUACAACAAUUGACUGGUGAUAACUAUUUCUUCUACUAUGGUACUACCAUUUUCAACGCUGUUGGUAUGGAUGAUUCUUUCGAAACUUCCAUUGUUUUAGGUAUUGUUAACUUUGCUUCCACUUUCGUCGGUAUCUGGGCUGUUUCUAGAUUCGGUAGAAGAACUCUAUUACUAUGGGGUUCUGCUGCCAUGACUGCUUGUAUGGUUGUUUUCGCUUCUGUCGGUGUUACUAGAUUAUGGCCAGAUGGUACCAACCACAAGGAAAACUCUUCCAAGGGUGCUGGUAACUGUAUGAUUGUUUUCACCUGUUUCUUCAUUUUCUGUUUCGCUCCAACUUGGGCUCCAUUAGUUUUCGUUGUCUGUUCUGAAUCUUUCCCAUUGAGAGUUAGAUCUAAGUGUAUGGCUUUAGCUCAAGCUUGUAACUGGAUGUGGGGUUUCUUAAUUGGUUUCUUCACUCCAUUUAUUACUGGUGCUAUUAACUUUUACUACGGUUACGUUUUCAUGGGUUGUCUAUGUUUCUCCUGGUUCUACGUUUUCUUCUUUAUCCCAGAAACUAUGGGUCUAUCUCUAGAAGAAGUCGACCAAAUGUGGCUAGAAGGUGUCCUACCAUGGAAGUCUGCUGGUUGGGUUCCACCAUCCAAGAGAGGUGCUGAAUACGAUGCUGAAGCUAUGGCUCAUGAUGAUAAGCCAUGGUACAAGAGAAUGAUGUAA